AUGACACGUGGUUUCCUCGUCGACGGAAUCUCACGCGACCUGACUAAUUGCCCUGGUACGGUGGAGCACGGGAAAUACAUUUUCCCGUUUCGACAAAAGUGCUAUGAGUUUGUCAUUUAUCAGAAGAAGUACUGGGCAGACGCAAGAAAUGACUGUAAACACAAGGGCGGGGACCUCGUUUUUAUUCGCGACGACAGCACGCAAAAUUUCAUCAUGGCGACGCUUGGUUACCUUGGCAACCAGGAGAAUGGCAUCUGGAUCGGACUCACAGAUCAUCGCAAGGAGCUUCACUGGGAAUGGGUGGAUGGCUCGCCACUGUCCGGCUACUCCCACUGGGCCCACGGCCAGGGUGGUGCUAACUUUCUCCACCUGACCCAGGACUGCGCCCAGAUCCGCAUGGACGACCACGGGCUUUGGCACGACCGCGAAUGUCACCUGUGGCCAAACACUUUCUCGUACAUUUGCCAGUUCAACAUGUUGCCGACAACAACGACAACUACCACAACAACAACCAAACCAACGACAACUACUGUGUCAACUACUACUAGCACCACCUCAUCAACAACAACGCCAACAACUAUUUCGACUACAACGACACCAAAACCGACAACAACAGUGAAGACGUCAUUGCCAACUACGUCUACAACGACUAGUACAAAACCCAAAACCUCAAUGAUCACAGAACCUUCGUUAACGUCUGUAACGUCAAAAAUACCAGCAACGACAUUGCCAACUACACCUACAACGACUAGUACAACACCCAAAACCGCAAUGACUACAGAACCUUCGUUAACGUCAGUAACGUCAAAUAGACCAGUGACGUCGGAAGUUCAAUGUCGUGACGUCAUAUGUUCAAACGAGUGUCCUGAUGGUUAUUCAGGAGUGUUUGUAGGAUUGGACGGGUGUAUUGAAUGUAAUUGUAACUAA